CUUGUCCUCCGGCACAUAAUUAUUAUCUAUAUUGAUGGUUAGUUGAAUAUCAAGUCGUACUCGUACCCUUGGCAACUACUAGUAAGCAUAUAUAAAUAGUCCCAUGAUAGUUCCCCUUAGGACACCAGUUUCUCAGAACUUAUGGGUGAUCAAGAAGUGAAGUUGCUAGGCGUAUGGGCAAGCCCUUUUAGCAAAAGAGUUGAAAUUGCACUAAAAAUGAAGGGCGUCAGUUACGAGUAUGCUGAGGAAGAUUUGUCCAACAAGAGCCCGGAGCUUCUCAAAUACAACCCUGUUCAUAAGAAAGUACCUGUGUUGUUACACAGUGGCAGGCCAAUUUGUGAGUCUUUAGUUAUUCUUGAGUACAUUGAUGAGACCUGGAAGUCCGGACCUUCUAUAUUUCCUGAAGAUCCUUGUGCCAGAGCCAGGGCUCGUUUCUUGGCAAAAUUUAUGGAUGAAAAGUGUUACCCUGACAUAUGGAAGAUCGGGGGAAGCAAAGGGGAGGAGGAACGAGAGAAAGCCAUUGAAGAAGCUACGGAGCACUUAGUGACACUUGAAAAUGAGCUCAGAGGCAAGAAGUUCUUUGGUGGAGACGAGAUUGGACUAGUUGACAUUACUGCUAAUACCAUAGCACUUUGGCUUGUUGUCGUACUAGAGAUGGUGGGAAUAAAAUUUCUUCUAAAAGAUAAGUUCCCGGUUAUAGAUGAAUGGAUUAAUAAUUAUCUUGAUAACAGCAUUGUUAGGGAAACUCUGCCUGUAAGGCAAGACUUGCUAGCUUAUUGUCGCUCUGUGUUUCAGUGUUCAAACUAACUCCUCGUAUGGAUGUCAUACUGUUCUUGAGCUACUAGCAAAUUUUCUCAUUUGAA